UUUAUACAGUCAAAAUUCUUUCUACCAAUAUAUGGUGGUAUGGUAGUUUCCCUACGCUUGGAAAAGAUGGCUGGGUCUCUUGUGUCAGUGCUCGCAGAUCAUGUCAUUUCUGUUCUGAUUGAAAAGAUUUUUGAGGAGAUUUCGUUAGCUUACAGGCACAGAGAGGAUUUGGAACUCAUCUGUGAUGAGCUUGAAUCUAUCAAAUGCCUCCUCAACGACACCGUUGGAGCGUGGAAAAUGAAUUCCAGUUCAGUAAGGAAUUGGUUGCAGAAACUUGAAGACUUUCUCUACGACACUCUCCACCUGUUGGAAGACUCUUCUCAGGCUCAGCACCACACCACCUGCAUUUCCCGGUAUCUACUGUGUCGUAAGAUUCGGGUGUUGAAGGAGAGAAUUCGCUGCAUCCACAGAAGCUCAAAGUAUCUCAAGUAUCUGAGGGCCAUAGAUGUGAAGCCCCGUCCUGGAUUAGUCAGUGGAGAAUUGAUAAGAAAUAGAAGAAAAUCAAGUGGGCUGCUUUUGGAAGCUACAACGGUAGGAAUGCAAAAUGAUAUUGAUCUGAUUAGCGGAUGGCUACUCACAGAUGGCCCUCAGAUCAUUACCGUAGCAGGCAUGGGAGGGCUAGGCAAAACCCUUCUGCUUCAACACGUCUUCAAUAGCCAAAAGAUCAGAGAAUCCUUUGACCAUUUGAUUUGGGUGGCAGUAUCCCAAAGCUAUGUGGCGCAUCAGCUGCUUCUCCACAUAGGCAGACAAACAAAGCUGCCAGAUGAUGAAAAGCAAAGUCACCUAAACGCGGAGGAGGUGAGAGAUAACAUCCGUAGGCACCUGCAAGGAAGCCGCUGUUUACUUGUUCUGGAUGAUGUGUGGGACAAACAUGCUUUGGGAGACAUUGGCUUUCCAUUGGAGGGCGGAAGUAAAGCAAUGCUUUCAACGCGGGACAGGAAAGUUUUAGAAAAUGUGGGAGCUCACCGCAUCCAUCACAUGGACUAUUUGUCUGAAGAGAACAGUUGGAGAUUGUUCUGCAUUCAUGCGUUCCCUGAAGAUAGCAAUCACAGUCCCCCAGAGGAGUUGGAGAAGGUGGCCCGUGCAAUUGAAAGAAAAUGCUCCAGAUUACCGCUAGCCGUGAAGACAGUAGCAGCAUCUAUGGCAAGCGUGAACCGACUUCCUAAUGAAUGGGAAUCCACGUUGAAUAGGCUAAAUAAAAUUAGCACAAUCAAGGAGGACAUUCUGCCAAUCCUGAAGUUAAGUUACGACGCCUUGCCUGAUUAUCUAAAGCCUUGUUUUCUUUUCUGUUCUGCUUAUCCAGAAGAUACUAUAAUGAGUUGUGAAUAUCUAGUACAAGUAUGGAUUGCCCAGGGAUUUGUUAAUCCUGAUGAAAGAGAAGACUCCUACGAGUUAGGAUUCUCCUAUCUAAAUGAGCUGGUUGAUCGCUGUAUGAUUGAAUUUGUUCCAUAUGAUGGGAACGAUUACAUCAUUAAAUACUGCAAAAUGCAUGAUCUAUUACACGAGUUGGCUCUUUCAGAAUCUCAAAUCCAAACCAGAUGUUUGUUUCAGGCUGGAAAAAAUGUGGAAAAGUUCCCCGUAGAAAAGUGCCAUAGCCUACGUAGGAUUUCUUUAAGUAAAAAUAAAAUAACUAGUAUUGAUAAGACCAUCCGUUCCCCUCGUCUCCUCACCUUGCUUCUAUGGAAAAAUCUUCAUCUCAAAUCAAUAUGCGAAGAUUUUUUCAAAAAAAUGAGGCAUUUGAGUGUUUUGGAUUUAAGCCAGACUUCCAUCAAGUCAUUGCCCAAGUCUAUUGCCAAGUUAAAACAUUUGAGAUUCCUCAAUUUGUCUAGAACAGGCAUUGAAAAGAUUCCUAGGUGUUUUAGUGGUCUCAAAAAUCUUCAGUCGCUCGAUGUUAGUUGGUGUGAAAACUUGGCAAGUCUUCAUUCAGGCAUAAACAAACAUCAGUCUUUGCUGAAUCUAAAUGUGGCUGGCUGCAGCAAUUUGGCUUGGGUUCCUUUGGGAAUAUCCAAGCUUGUCUCUCUACGAAUUUUAGGACAAGUGGUAUUCAAGUUGAGGGGAAACGCCACAAAUGCAUUGCAAUUGAGGGAUCUCAAAGAAUUGACUCUACUUCAACAUUUGUCAAUUGCAUUCAGCGGUCGCUCAAAUUGCCAAGACAUAACCGUUGGGAUCUUUGGAGGUAUGGAAGACAUGCGAAAAUUGUUCUUUGAGAACUAUGAUGAGGAUUACCUUGUUCAACUUCCCGAGGACAUGUCAGGCAUGAGACGACUGGAGAUUCUUCAUCUUCAUAACUGCGUGGUACCCUCAUGGAUCUCUCAGCUUCACAAUCUCAUGCUUCUACUCUUGAAGGGAGAUUAUUCUGAUAGUUAUCAAGACCUGCAAACAAUUCCAAACUUAAGACGACUUAUUUUAAUCCAGAACAAGCAAUGCAUCGAUUUCCCCACAGACUUUGGGUAUCCUUUGUCAUUCCCCAAACUGGAGGCACUGGUGAUAGAAGAUUUUUGCCAGCUGCAAAGAUUUCCAUCCCUGGCAGAUAACGCCAUGCCAAUGCUACAGCAUUUUCGACUGGUGAAUUGCAGGCGGCUGGAAAGAAUACCUCAGGGCUUGGACCGCCUCAACAGCCUUGAAAAGUUACAAGUGAUCGGCUGUGAAAGGUGCCGCAACGAUCUUCAGGAAAAUGGGCAUUAUGGGCAAAUUUUCAAACGCCGUAAUGUCCAAGUGAAAUGUGAAUAGUGGAAACUUUGAUGUUGCUGAAUGUAAAAGUAGAAAAUGUCUACUAUGACUAAUUACAAGCAAUAUAGGAAAUCUGGGAAUAAUGCCCUUCACAGUGUUGAAACUAAUCCCAACCACCACCUUCAUUACUCCUCGGUAGACUUCUUUCUCCAGCUUCUACUUGCCCCUUUUUCAAUGCAAAUUAAAUAUUUGUUUGUUUUUCCCUCCUUGCUGGAAAAGUGUAGAAGAGUCUAGAAAUUUCAUAGCAGUAGCAACAGGUUUAUUAAAAAACCAGGGUUGUUUUUAUAAGCAAUAUAUAUGUAAAAAGAGCAGAAGAUUGUUUACAUUGCUGUAGCAACAGCAACCAGUGAACAGGGCAGUCUCUUUAAAUGGUGUGUAUGAGGAGAGCAGAAAGUGUCAUCACAAGGGGUCUCUACUUUUAAUCUGUAUGAGGUGAAG